AUGCUACUUCCGGCGGCGCGGCGGCCGCCGCACAGCUGACGACGCCUGCGCGCAUCUAGCUGUUGGGGUGACGACUAUGCUGCACCGCCGACGAGCGAGGUGCUGGCGACCCCGUGUCCCCGACCCCUUCUAAAGUCCGAAGGACGGCGGCUCGCGGUCCAACGUCUUCGCGCGAAGGAGCAAGCCGGCCGCGCCGCUCGGUGAUGGCCGGCGACCGCGACGUGUUGGUCAGAGCACGCUGCUUCCGAAGACACCGCUUCUCCUGAUCGACGAUUAUUAGUUUUUUGGCUACCUCGUCGCCAUGGCCGCUACCAUCGCCCGCAUCCCGUCCGAGCCGCGCUACAUCGACAGCUUCUUCUACAAGUACGCGCUGUCGGUCGCCGCCGCAGCUGUGGCCGAGACGACAACUUAUCCGCUGGACAUUGUGAAGACACGACUGCAGGUUCAGGGAGAGCUGACUGCCAAGGGUCAAAUAGUUGACCGACGGGGCUUCUUCAAGACUGCAGCAGGCAUUGUGCAGGAGGAAGGCGUGCUAAAGCUGUGGAAGGGGCUGCCACCAGCCAUCUAUCGGCACCUCAUCUACAGCGGCUGCCGGAUGAACUUCUACGAGAGCAUGAGGGACCGGUUCCUGCGGAACAAGGACGGCACGCGCGCGCCCCUCUGGAAGUGUGUCCUGGUGGGGGUGGCGGCGGGUGGCAUGGGCCAAUUCCUGGCCAGCCCCACGGACCUGGUCAAGGUGCAGAUGCAGACCGAGGGGCGUCGUGCUCUCAUGGGACUGCCGCCCAGGGUGACAGGUACUUGGCAGGCACUAAAGAAGAUUGCCUCUGAGGGCGGGAUCCGGGGCCUCUGGAGAGGGGCUGCCCCGAACGUCUACCGCGCUGCACUCGUCAACCUUGGUGAUCUGACGACGUACGACACAGGAAAGCGGUUUCUCCUGCAGCACACGAACCUCAAGGACAACUACUUCACCCAUUCGCUCGCCAGUGGGAUGUCCGGCCUGAUAGCUGCAACCCUUGGCACGCCUGCUGACGUGAUCCGCACAAGGGUCAUGAACCAGCCCACAGACAACCAGGGAAGGGGUCUGCUCUACCGCUCCCCCCUAGACUGCCUACUCAAGACAGUGCGGGGCGAGGGAUUCAAGGCACUUUACAAGGGUUUCUUCCCCAUCUGGGCGCGCAUGGCACCAUGGUCUUUCACAUUUUGGGUCACAUACGAGGAGUUCAGACGUUUUGCCGGUGUCCGGUCGUUCUGAAGAUGGCCCUUGCCUACUUCUUCAGACCCACAAUCCCACGUUCCUGCCUAACUUUUUUUUUUUUCAUUCCUCUUCAUAUCGUAAAGAAAAAAGAAUGAUAUGUUGCGGCUCUUUGAUAGGAGUUGCUGCUGGCAUGAAGCAUGUGCAGUAUUUUUUUAACUUUUUGUUUGUUUCGGCGCUUCUUGGGACAUUUGCUAGAAACCAUGCAAGCCAUCGUUUUCAAUUUUUGUUGUUGUUGUUCUUGUAGUUGUUAUUGUUGCCAUUGUUUGUGCCAUUGUUUUGGAUGUGUAUGGAAGUUUGCGGAUGGUGGCUUGGUUGGGUCAGGCGUGCUUUGUGCGUCGGUGGACGUAUUGUCGUAUUGUGAGAGCUUUGUUGUGUGCGUACGCUGCGGCUGUGAUGCUAGAGCACUAGGUGGUACAUGUGCGAAUGACAGCACCAUUUAUAUGAAAAGAUCACCACUCCGUACAGUCAUGGUGGAUUGGUUUCUGCUUGCCAGUGGCUAUUUGUACUCGUCGGGAUGAGAAAACAGUACGGCUCUGUGGCAAUGAGAUUUUGGGAGCGUUUGAUGCUUUGCUUCACUGCGACGGUGAAAGGAUGCAGGCAGAAGGUGCUGCUGCUGUGAGCCUCUAUUUUUCUGCUUAUGGAAAUAUAAACAUGAUCAUUAGGUGGCAUUUGAGUUCUGGAACGUGUGGUAUAAUGAUGACUGGUAAGCAUUGUUAAGCUACGUUUCUUGCCUAAAGUAAAUUGUCCGUGCGAUGUUUGAUAGCUGGUAAUGCAAAUCUGGCCGUGCCUUGAAAAGUUAGCAGUCGCAAGUAAGUUUCUUUACAUUUAGUUUUAUGUAUUGUGUGUCUUAUUAUCACAAUGCUCUGUCCCUCUCUUGCGAUGUUCACUUUUCAGAUUGCUUCCUGCCUGAGUUUCCUGCGGUAAUCAAACACGUGACUGCACUAAAGGCAGAGUUUUGCUUGGCAUUUUGUAUUUCAUGCAACAGAGCAUUGUAAAACGAUCCCCUCUGCCUGAUUACGCAGAGUGGCUGUAGACUUGUGGAGUAUUUAACACCAGAAUGGCAAACUUGUAAGCUAGAAGUGCAGUCAUUGUCAUACAGUGAAAAAAAAAAAUUAUGCAGACGAGAAGCAGGGUCAACACAAGUGCCCUCUCAAAUCAGUGUUAGUCGAAAACAUGCAAAUGUUUUGUACAGCGGAUAACUGACUGUGCAAUGUUUCACCUAUCAAAGUGUUUCGUACUGUAUGAAAUGUUCACGUAUUUAAGUGUUCCUGAUUCAUGUAUCAAAGCAUUUCUUGCUGUACAAAAUGUUCAAAUAGUUUCAAUAUGGCCCGUUCGCUGAAAAACAAUGGCUGUGUUCUUAACGCUGCCUGUUUGUGCCAUUUUUUUACGCUGUAAUACUGUGUUGGUACCACUUCCCUGCAGUGGUCCUGACUAGAAACACUUUUCAGGAAUGUGCCAGUCUGAAACAAUUUGAACAUGAACGCUUUAUGUUUAAAGGAGCAGGGAUAAACUCUCCCUUCCGCAGCUAAUUAUUUGUGAGGACGUGUAAACGAUAUGCCAGUUUAGUUUGUCCUUUACUACUUCUGUCCUGGAGUGUCGUUUUCUCUGGAAGUCGUCAUCGUUGAGCCAGAAGUGUCCUCUCGUGCAGUUCUGUCAAUGUGAAGGCCGAUCACUUUUGUGUCACUCUAGACGGCGUCCAUUGCUUGUGCAAGGGUUGUUUUGACGAUCACGAUUGUUCGCAAAGUUUGAGCACAUUGAUAAAGCAUGCUGAAUGUGCUGAGAAACUGGCCGCAGCCAUUGUCGCAUUUCUCUUGGUCCGAGAUGCUGAUGUUGAAGAAAGGGGUCGGCAAAUUGAAAGUACACGUCUAGAAGGAGGUUAAAGCUACUGUUUUGAAUGGUGUUGCCAUGUGACUGUGGGCUUUUCCUGCAUGUCUUGGUGUAAGAAAAAGUGUUUUUUCUCAUGGUGUCUUAGACUAACCACCAGCAGCAAAGCAUGAAAGGAAAUGCCUCGCUUCUCUUUGGUAGUCACAUUUAGUAAUAUUGCUAAUUUGUUUCGUUUAUUAACCUCUUUUGAGUUAUGCUGAUUUAUUAGCAUGGCUUGUUUGAGUUGGCUGUAUUUUGCAAUGCUUUACACUUGUUACAAAUAUACUGUAUGGAUACACUACAAAAUGUGUGAAAAGAAAAAAAACGGUGCUUCAGACAUGUUUUAAUGUUUGAUUGACCAUAUGCCACUGAUCUCAAGGUUGCAUAGCAUCUGUAAAACAUUUUAUAUGAACUCAUCUGAAAAUAAAAUUAGUUUUUAAUUGCAACAUAUAUAUCAUGCCUGCACAUUCUGCAGGAAAGUUUUUGGUAUUUCGUUGUAGAUGAGCCUGUUUGACAUGCUUCAAGGACAAUUCUUGGGGGAUACCGGUAGUGCUGGAGCCACAUGUUUCAGUUAAGGUUGCGAGCAACAUGCUGCUUUUUUUUUUUUUCUGAAAGACAUUUCAUUGCAACUUUACUAUGUUUGACCAAGUGCAAAGUUUCAUUGCUGUUCCUUUAAGUCCACUGCUCCAUUGGUUUAACGAGUCUACCAAUUGAUGUCCUUAAGACAUUUCCAAGACAUUGUGCAUUUGUGUGCGUGUGCGAACAAAUGCACAAACUGGGGUAAUGUGUAUGUGCACUUUACACACUCGUGUUUUGUGAAUAUGUAAAUUCCCAAAGUGUUCUUUUGUUACCCUUAGGAGAAGCAUAGGUUUAUGAACAUAUAUAUAUAUACACACACGCUACACACAAGCCUUGACAAUGCAGUGCCUAGGCAGAAAGUGAGAGCAUUGUCGGACAUGUUGAAUGCACGGCAGUCAGUUGUGCUUUCGUAUGUACUCGUUGAACAUGGUGACGUUUUACAUGCGAGCCUGUUGGCUCGUAGUACUUGCAUUUUCUGUUUGGAACAGCAAAGAUCAUGGAAUGCAUGGAUCGACAACACUUGCUACACGGCGUGCCAUGUUUUUUCAGCCGACCAACGGUGUUGCCAUGAGUAGUGUUUUGUGCGAAUAAAAACUGUCCACAAGUUGUG